CGACAACAACCCCACCCGUCACAAUGCUCUGCGCCAUAUCUGGAGAAGCUCCACGGGAGCCUGUCGCGUCGCGAAAGAGUGGCAAUGUCUUCGAAAAGCGCCUGAUCGAGGCACACAUCGCCGAACACCACACCGACCCCGUCACGGGCGAAGACCUCGCAGUCGAGGAUCUUAUCGAGCUCAAGUCGCCGCAAGUCGUCAACCCCCGCCCGCCGAAUCUCACAUCGAUCCCCGCGCUUCUUAGCGCUUUCCAGAACGAGUGGGACGCCAUUGUGCUCGAAACACACACACUCAAGCAGCAACUGGCGCAGACACGACAGGAGCUCAGCACCGCGCUAUACCAGAACGAUGCGGCAACACGCGUAGUCGCGCGAUUGACGCGCGAGAGAGACGAGGCACGGGAAGCGCUCUCGAACGUCACCAUCAGUGGAGGUGGCAGCAACGGCGACGCCAUGCAGGUCGACGGCCAGGCGCUGCCCGAGGCGCUCGUCGCCAAGAUUGAUGAGACACAGCAACAACUCUUUGCCACGCGCCGAAAGCGACCCGUGCCCGAAGGCUGGGCUACUGGCGAGGACGUCUCCGCAUUCGACGUCACCUCCUCGAGCGAGCCUCUCUACCCCGGAAGCAGCGCCGUCGUAGUCGACGAGUCGGGCGAUUUGGCACUGUUCGGCGGCGCAGAUGGCGUUGCAGGUGUCUACUCGACAUCGCAGCAGAAGGUGGUUCAGGUGCUCAACGCUGACAGCCCCGUCACUGCCACCGCCUGGUGGGGUUCCCGCGCGGUCGUCGCGACUGCUGCCGGCACAGUGAAGAUCUUCGAAGAUGGCAAGGAGAUUGCGCAAAUGGGCUCGCACGCUGGCCCCGUCACAUCGCUGUCUCUGCACCCUAGUGGGUCUAUUCUGGCUUCGGGGAGUGCAGACAAGCGUGUCGCAUACUACGAUCUCUCGACUUUCCAGACUGUCUCUCAGAUCUACACUGAAGCCGACAUCACAGCAUGUACCUUCCACGUGGAUGGUCUUCUCUUCUUCGUCGGUAGCUCAGACGGCAAGAUCCGCAUCUUCGACGUCAAGACUGGCGCUUCCAUGCUGACGCUUGACACCGGCGCACCUGUCGCUGCCAUCUCCUUCUCGGAGAAUGGCACUUGGUUCGCGGUCGCUCAGAAGGGAUCGAGUCAGGUCUCUAUCUGGGACAUCAGGAAACAGAGCGUUCUCAAGGUUCUUGAGGCUGGUAGCCCGGUUGAGAACGUCAAGUGGGAUUACACCGGCCAAUUUCUUGCAACCGCCGGCUCGGGCAGCAUCUCGGUGCAGCAAUAUACCAAAGCGUCAAAGAGCUGGUCUGAGCCAGUACGGAAGGCGGUUGCCGCCAAGGACGUUGCUUGGGGUGCAAAUGCUGGCAGCUUGAUUGCCCUGACGUCCGAGGGUGGGUUGAGCAUCUUGGGCUCAGCAUGAGCACGACAUCAAUGGGAGCGAUAAGGGGAUAUUCCAUCAUGCAGCUCGCAAGCGGAGGUCGGCCGAGAGCCAAGCGCGGCGUUUGGAGAGGUAUUGAGUGUAGGGGACGAUGUAAGAUUGGUCUUGGAUGGCAUAGAUGCCGAAAAGCGCAAGAUGAUUUGCAUGUUUGGCAUAUCAUUUCAGAUAGGCUACGACGGGUGCUGAGGCGCUUGGAGCAAUGUAACACAGUGACCCUUCUGAGUAUAGUCGGGCAGCACAUCCCUGGAAUAAUUAUCCUGCCCUAUUAGGCGUGGGCAAAAUCA